AUGUCGAACCCCAGAGAACCUGUUUACGAAUACACUGACAAGGAAACCAUCCUUUACAACAUCUCCGUUGGCGCCAAGGUCGACGAACUCAAGUACACUUACGAGAAUGACCCUGACUUCCAAGUCGUGCCCACUUUCGGUACUAUUCCCACCUUCAACUCCGACGAGGCUUGGGAAUCGUUUGCUCGUUACUUGAAGAACUACCAAUUGCACAACUUGUUGCACGGUGAACACUACCUUAAGGUCCACAAGUUCCCUGUUCCCACGGAAGCGACCGUCAAGACCAAGUUCCACCCCAUUGAAGUGACUCAAAAGAAGACUAACACCAUCAUUGUUCACCUGAUCAAGUCUGAAGAUGAAUCUGGUAACUUGUUGUUUGAAAACGAAGCCACCUACUUCAUCAGAAACUGUGAAGGUGAAACUAAGAAGUACGGUGAACGUCGCGAAUUUGCCAAGCAACCUUUCGCCGCCCCCAAGGAAGAACCCCAAUUUGUUGCCGAACAAAAGUUGACCGAAGAACAAGCCGUUUUGUACCGUUUGACUGGUGACCGUAACCCCUUGCACGUCGACCCCAAGAACGCUAAGAACGCCAAGUUCGAGAAGCCUAUUUUGCACGGUUUGUGCACCUUGGGUGUUUCGGUCAAGUUGUUGUUGGACAAGUACGGUGGGUUUGACGAAAUCAAGGCUAGAUUCACCGGUAUUGUGUACCCUGGCGAAACCUUGAGAGUCACUGCCUGGAAGCAAGGCGACCUCGUCCUUUUCGAAGCCCACGUUAUUGAGAGAGGUACUAAGGUUAUCUCCAACGCCGCUUUGAAGUUGGUGGGUGACAAGGCUAACUUGUAA